ACGGUGUAUUUAAAUUUUGUGAUCUGUGCAUUUCAAGAUCUAUUUCAUGAUAACCUGUUUUUCACUCGUUUUCCCCUUUUACCUUCACAAAUUCACUUCGUUCAAUUGAAACAGCUAAGUUAUCUGGUUUUACAUAAUUCAAAUUCUGCAACAUGAGCUUUUCCAGCGAAAGCCCCAGAAAUUGGACGGACAUCGGUUUCCGGCUCCUGGUCAAUGCUGCCUCUCACCCUCUUGAAUACGCUAAAGUACUAAUCCAGCUUGGAUACGAGCCUCUACCUCCAUAUCCCUCUAGAACUCUCUUUGGCAAACCUGCCUAUGCAUUGCCAAACAAUUUUGCCUACCUUGGUUAUAUAAAGAAGGUUGAUGGAUUCACUGGACUCUACCGAGGUCUCUCUGGUAAACUUUGCACCCAGGUUGUUAAUAUCUGUGUGUAUAACUCAACCAUGGAUAGUCUCAAUCAGAGAGAAAAGAACCAACAAAGAGACGACGUCAACAUUGAAGGAUAUGAGCUGAGGCUCUUUCUACGAGAUCUCUCCAAAGAAGUUGUUGCAAGAUCAGCAAGCGUUGUUGUUAGCCAUCCUUUUUAUGUCAUUUCGGUUCGAAUGAUGGCACAAUUUAUUGGUAGAGAAACAAAGUACAACUCAAUAUUUUCAUCCAUAAUUGAAAUUUACCGUGAAAAUGGAAUCCGCGGAUAUUUCAGUGGCCUUGUACCUAGAUACCUUGAAGAAAUUCUCUCAUUUGUUUUAACUUGGGGUGCAACCUAUCUUAUUUGUCGAUACAAAUCUUCGGAUGAGGAUGAUUUCAAGUACUACCUCACUACUAUUGCAAGUUUAAUAGCCAAAAGCAUCACGUACCCAUUUUUAGUUGUCUCCACAUGCAUGGCAACCACUGGUUCUGGGUUACGAGCAGGUUGUCCACCGUUCAUGCCUCUGUACCAAAGUUCUAUCGAAUGUGCGCUUAACUUGUCCAAGAACGGUGAUCUCAAACGAGGAUCAGGUAUCUUCUGGCGGUACUACUCCGGACCUCCAGUUUUCCAAACUCCCAGUGGCCCUGUUUACUUAGGGCCUCUGUAAAUUUUAGCUUUAUAAAAUAUGUGUAUUAAUAUUAAGCUAGUCUAAAACAACACUAGCUUUUCAUAUUGUUGUCCUCUUUUUUAAUUUUUUUAUUGAAUUUUUGUUCCUGUCUGUGGUAUUUUCCAAUCAAUUUUUUUUCUAUGUAUUGUGUUUAUUACUUUUUUUUUUAUUCAUCACGGAUCUUUUUGUUGGAAAAUUUUGAGACUUUUAGUCCGCCCUCCUCACUUUCGCAUCCAGUGUGGAUAAGUUCUAAAGCAGUGACGCGACCAAUCAAAAGUUUAGUCAGGUAUUGUUGACUCAGUCACUACAUAUUAUGAUAGAUCUAAUAAUUACCUAUGUAUAAUAAAAAUGUUGUUUUGUAAAAUUG